AUGGCAUCUGCAACACAGUCAAGGGGACCCACCCCACAAGACAUUCUCGAUACACUCCGUCUCCACCUCGAACCCACAGUGCUCCUCACCCACCUCCCGACCGCGCUCCAGCUCGUCGCACACAUCACCCUCCUCGCAUGUGCGGUCCGUGAGCAGGCCGCCGUCGCCGAGGCGACGAAUGCCAAGUGUCCACCACACGCCAGGCUCACUCGAUCCGAGACCGAGGUCAUCCACCGGUGUGCGCGUGAUGAGGACAACAACGAGGCCGAGCUGUUCCACCUGUCCCUCGAGCUCCGCAAGGCGCACAUUGCACGCGCCCUCUCCACUGCCGACCCAGCACGCGUGCUGCCUACGGCUCAGAGCUACUUUCCUGCCCUUGCCGAAUCCGAUGCCGACGCCACGACGUCCCAAGCGUCGUCCAAAAUGCUCUUCAUCCGCGGCAUGACGGCCAGUCAGCGCACCGAGUUUCGCAAAGCGGCCGCGGUCGUGCACAAGUGGAUGGAGGCAGUGAAAGGAGGCAACAGGGACGCGCUGCCGAAAGUCGACCAGCGUGCAAUGGACGAGAUGGGGAGCGUCAUUGUCGCCCGCGCAGCCGACGUGGUGGAGGACGCGACAGAGUUUCAGGCCAUCUUUGGUGGUGAUGUUCCAGGCCGUCGUCAAUCGAUGCCCGAGCCGCAGUCGGUCAAGACUUCAAAGACGGCCCGACCAUCAGAGCCAACACGUCUUGUCCAGCCCCAGCGCCAAUGA